CAGACUGUAAAGCUCUGUAUAAAGUAACCGUGUCGUCGCAGGGCAUCACCACAGACAUGGACUUCAUGUGGCUGUACUCGCUGAGUCAGUGCCUCCUCGCUGUGGCUGUGAUCGUGGUAAGUGUGAGGCUGUGCUUGGCGGUCAGUGGCACCGGCGCCGUGGCCGACAACCGAGAGGGAACCCAGACCGGCGGAAGUCAACCCGGGAGCGUCUCCUGCUGUCUGCGGCUGUGCCUGGGCUGGGUGGGGGCAGUGGGGGGGGCACUGAAAGUCCCAGUAACUGUGUUGGUCAACCUGCGGACCCCCCAGUGUCUGUACACCUGCAUUACCUUGGUGUGUUUCCCCCUGCUGGUCAGGCAGUUUACCAUGUUCCUGCUUAUACUAAUCACACUGGACACUCGCCUGCAGGAUCAUCUGGCACACAGGUACUCCUCCAUGGUGACCCGUCGUCGAGCUCUGUGUGUGGUCCUGCUGUGCUGGGUGGCCUCUGUUCUGUCUUCCUUCGCGCAGUUCUUCAGCUCCGACGUCCUCAACACCCGGAAAAAUGGUGGUAGUGGUCCAAGCACAACCGGCCUUGAGCUGCACGGCAACUGGACUACGUCUUUACCUCUCCUCACCCCUUCCACACUCCCAUCAUGGCACCACCACGACCGCAAGGUCAUCGGGAAGCACCUUCCAUACGGAGGCUUCCUGUCCAAGUUUUAUGUGGAGGACAUGCAGAACUUCACCUAUGCGGAGAUCCACCGCAGUCACUGGGUCGUGUGUUCUCCUGACACUGUUCUCACUCCCACAUUUCUAGUCUAUGUUCAUGGGAUGAUGGCUUUUAUGCUACCAUUGCUUUGUCUGUCAGCUCUUUACCUUAGCAUGCUCUGCAUCAAGCACAGGAAUAUAUCUAUCGACCCUUCAAAACGAGAUUCCUGCCAGGUCCGCACCCUGGCUCUGUCCCUCUCCCUGUUAGUUCUGCUGUGUCUGCCGAUCCACGUCGUCCAUGCUCUCUUGCUUUUCACUCCCAGCAUCGACCCUCCAGCCUGUGUUCAUGCAGUGGCCAUGUUCCUCUUCCAGCUGUACAGCCUCGUUCCCCAGAUUCUCUUCAAACCCCAUUGGACAAAAGUAGGCGAAGAACGAACAACGUUCCCUCUUUCUGUGCCCAACCUUCCACCUGCAGCUCCGUGGUUAUCAGCCAAACACUCCCUCAAAGCCAAAGUGUUCCCCGAUGUCUGAGUUC